AUGGGCGGCAGCAGCAGUAAGGCCGCGGGCGCCGUCGCUGCCUCGAAGUGUCCAGCCGCUGUGCCAGAGAACUUCCACGUCCUGGCCAAGGGCAUGAAGGGCUGGGAGGGCACGGUGGCGGAUUAUGGUACCAGCAAGCAGGCCGUGGCCGACGUGGCGCAAGAUGGCAAGAUCUGCAUCCUAGACAUCGACACGCAGGGGGCCCGCUCCAUGCGCGCUCAGAAGCUGGAUGCGAAGUACCUGUUCCUGGCUCCGCCCUCGCUGUCGACGCUGGAAAGCCGCCUCCGCGGCCGAGGUACCGACAAGGACGAGGUCAUCCAGAAGCGCCUCGAGGCGGCUGGCGGCGAGAUGAAAGCGGCCAAGGAGCCCGGGUUGUUCGACAAGACUUUGGUAAAUGACGACCUCGAGGAGUGCUAUGGCGAGUUCGCACGUCUUAUGGCCGACGAGAUCCAGCGGGCGAGCGGCAAGGGGCCCGUGGUCGAACACGCGGCGCUCGCUAGCGGAGAUCGUGCCAGGCUUGCCGGGCUCCGUGGCCUCCCUGCCGGCGUCCGGGCGCGCUCGACGGGCGCCGUGCUGCGGGUGGCGCGCCCGCCCGUGCCGCCUGGCAGCGACAGGCAUCCAGUCCAGCAGCUUGGUGGACCAGCGCCCGUCCUCGCACUUCCGGACGCGGCUCUGCAGCUGGCGCUUUCAUUCUUGCAGUUGAUCGUUCCAACUGCGGUGGCCAGCGCGCCGGACAAGCCCUUCGGCCUGUAA